AUGGUGUGGCUUCAAAUUAAGAAAGAGCAACACAUUUCAAUAGUGAAUAACCUGAAGGAUUUGACUGAAAACCUUUCUAAAGGAAUGAAAGUUGAAUGUCCGUUGUGCCCAGUUACAAAGUUUAAAUGUAAUAAUACUGCUAAGGUCAAGAAACAUUUGAAGACUCACGAAAAAUCAGGAAUCAAACGAGAAGGUUAUAAUUAUUUAUGCCUUGUGUGUCACUUGAAAUGUCGUAAAAGUAGUUCUGAUCAUGGUCACUAUCAUUGUCCAUUUUGUUCUAAUACGUUUGCUCGUAAGAAUCUAAUUAAAGAUCACUGGAGAAGUAAGCACAGUGACAGUCAUACAGACAGUGGAUAUUUUUCAUUGGAAAAUGCCUACCAAGGUGGCAGUGCUUCUGUUAACACCUCUUUUCCAGUUUGCAACAAAAAUGGUAUCCAGGAUGCUGCAUGUGCUUCCAUGUCAAAUGCCACAUGCAGCCCACAAUUAGACUCCAGUGAUGCAGCUCUUCCAAGCACUGCCAUGGCAACAUCACAAAUCUCACAACCAAGCAUAAGUAAUGUAAACCAGAUUACUCCUGAUGCUACAUGUGCUUCCAUAUCAGAUGCAGCAUACAGUCCACAAUUAGCCACUAGUGCUCGUCAAUGCUCUGACAUAUAUGUAUCUCAAAUCACACAGCCAAGCAUCAGCAAUCAACACCUUAAUGCUAUUUGCUUUAACGAUGCAUAUCACAGACUUGAAUCAUCUCAGCCGUCCAUUACAUCUUCCAGUAAGCUGUUACUUCAUACAAUGGAUGAAGAAACUCCUGAUAAUUUGGAUAAAAACCGUAUUCUUAGCCCUAUGAUAGGAACAAAGAUGUCAUCUUAUUCCAGUAUAUCAAUACCAUCUACCUCCACUGUACGCAUUGAAAAUGACUCAGAAACUGAUAUCAUAAAACCUGCCUUAAUGAAUGAUUAUUACAAUACAUACUCACCACCAUGUUUAAUAACUGACGCACCACCAGAUGAAUCCAUGACCUGGUGUAAUUGUGAGCCAUUUCGGCAUGGUUCAUAUGAUAGUGAACUUUAUGAGCUUAAUAACAAACCCUAUUCUG